AUGGAUCCUGAAUCUCAGACUUCAGGUCAUCGAGCAGACCUGACUCACCUGUCCCCUCCCCCGCAGUACGGCUCCGCCUCCUCGCUCCCGCACGUGCUCAGUGUGUCGUCUCUGCGCUCCUCGCUGCUCUCGCUCUGCUGGUCGUCCCUCAGCCUCAGCUCACUGCUGCCCCCCGAUGGACAGAGUCUGAACUGCAGCCAACUCAACGCCGCCCUGUCCUGGUCCCACGCCCGCCUCCGCUCGGACCCCAGGGGCCCCGGACCGGACCACAGGGACCACAGGGACCACAGGGACCACAGGGACCACAGGGACCACAGGGGCCACAGACCGGACCCCCGGGACCACAGGACCACAGGGACCACAGGGACCACAGGGACCACCAGGGACCACAGGGACCAGAGUCCUCCUGCAGACCUUCACAUGGGAGAGCGUCCUCUUCUGUUGGUUGGGAUUCUUCAGCUUCCGUCUCCAGGAUCUGAGUCUCAGAGUCUGGAGCUUCGAGACGCCACCGGGACUGUGUCCUGUGUGGUGACAGAGACCGACCCGGACCUGGACCGGGACCUGGACCGGGACCUGGACCGGGACCGAGACCAGGACCGAGACCGGGAUCAGGACCAGGACCUGGACCGGGCCUCAGGGCGGGAGCAGACUGCGGCCUUCAGCACGGCCUGGAUCGGCUGCCUCGUGUGUGUGCGUCACUUCACCAUGGUAACGGAGAGAUUCAUCCAAUCAGAGUUUCCCUCCUUCAAACACCUGGAUCAGGAACAUUUCAUCUCCCACAAGGAAACCAGGUUUUACCUGCAGUUCUCGCUCGAUCACGUCUCUGUGCUCAGUCCUUCUGUUGCCAUGGAGAUUCAGCAGCGUCAGGGGGCGGGGCCUGGCCGUGAUGCGAGCGGCGAGGAGGCGGAGCCAGAGGACAGGAAGAGGAAGAAGAGAAAAACCGACGAAGGGGGCGGAGUCUGCUCAGGGGGCGGAGCCACAGCCUGCGUUUCCGUGGUGAUUCGGGUGGAGCAGAAAGAGGGCGUGGCCUUGAGGAACGUGGGGGCGGGGUCUACGCUGUCAUUCAACCUGAAAGCCGCUGUGAUUGGUCCAGUCGUCUGCUGGGGGCGGGACCCAAAGAACCAUCCAAUCACAGAGCGAGAGGUCACAGCGCGAGAAAAUAAGGAUCCGAGCGUUCUGAUUGGCCGUGCUGUUACCGGGCAGACGGGGGUGGAGCUUCACGCUGACGCCGCCCUCCAGGUGCAUCCUGAUUGGAGGAUUCACACUGUGCCCCGCCCCCAGACCACCGCUCCACAGUCAUGUGACCUGAGUCUGGACGACGUCAUCAACUCCAGGUCUGAUCUGGUGAGUUUUCGUGCUCUGGUUUUGGAGAGAGUUGGAGUCACCGACAGGAGCCAAGACCCAACACAGACAGGAUCCGAGCGUUCUGAUUGGCCGUGCUGUUACCGGGCAGACGGGGUGGAGCUUCACGCUGACGCCGCCCUCCAGGUGCAUCCUGAUUGGAGGAUUCACACUGUGCCCCGCCCCCAGACCACCGCUCACAGUCAUGUGACCGAGUCUGGAUGA